ACUAUACCAUAUGGUAAUGUGUGUAUACCAUAUGGUAAUGUGUAUAUACCAUAUGGUAAUUUGUAUAUACCAAUAUACCAUAUGGUAAAGUGUCUAUACCAUAUGGUAAAGUGUGGUAACGAAAUGUAUUUUUAUGGAUAUCGUGUUUUUCUAUGGUCGUAAAGGGUUGUAAUUAGAUUUAUAUUAUUUUUGUAUGGUUUUACCUUCUCAUACCAUGUGGUAUUGUAUGGUAAUUACAAUUAAUUUGUGUUCAUUCGAUUCACCAUGUUCUACUAUGGUGGUAUUGUAUGGUAGUUAGAUUUAUA